UAGCCAACGGUGGCUAGUAAGUUAGCCAACUGGUCUGAGUCAGUUAGGUGUACACAGUCUUGAAUGUCGACUUAACGUCAUAUAGUCCAUACUUUAAACACGCUAGCUGACUUUUUCAAGUACAAAUUCAGCAUUUCGUUUUUAUUCGGUCGGUAUUUAUAUCGGAAGAGUCGCCGUUAGCCUAGCAGGCUAACAGGGUCCACAAUGGAGGGCAGCGCCAGCGUGAGGAAAGCGCUCUCCGGGACCCUCGUCCCUGUAACGGCCACAACAGUGGCACUUCUCCAGCAACCCGAGGAGAAGGGGAAGGAGAAGCUGAAGAGAAAGGUCCUCGAUGAAGAGGAGUACAUUGAGAGUUUAGAAAAGAUCAUCCAGCGAGACUUCUUCCCAGAUGUGACUAAACUGCAAGCGCAGAAGGACUAUCUUGAAGCAGAGGAAAACGGUGACCUCGAGCGAAUGAGAGAGAUAUCCAUUAGAUAUGGAUCAUCUUUGACAAAAUCUACGCCACGGUCCUCUGCACCCUACGUGACACCAGCAAGCUUUGAGACGCCAGUGGGCCGCUCAGGGUCUCCCUCUGCCACUCAUGGCAGUAAAGGUUUAGAUGGGGACAGCAAGGAGGAUGACAAGGAAGAGAAAGAGCUGCCCUCUCUGGAUCGCUUCCUUGCUAAAAAUACCAGUGAGGAUAAUGCAUCAUUUGAGCAGAUAAUGGAUCUGGCAGAAGACAAGGAGAAGCUGAGGCAUGCCUGGUUAUAUGAGGCUGAGGCUGAAUACAAACAGCGCCAUGAAGAGAACCUCGCCUUACCAUCAGCGGAGAAAGCAGCUCUCGAAAAUACCAAAGCUGGACUUGAGACAUGGGAGUACAAAGCAAAGAAUGCCUUGAUGUAUUAUCCAGAAGGUGUUAAAGACGAUGAUGCUUUAUUUAAGAAGCCACGGGAGGUAGUUCACAAGAACACACGCUUUGUUGGUGACCCUUUCAGCAAAGCUCUUAACAAAAGCCAGAUUCAGCAGGCUGCAGCACUCAAUGCACAGUUCAAACAGGGUAAAGUAGGUCCUGAUGGGAAAGAGCUCAUCCCACAUGAAUCCCCAACAGUGAAUGGAUAUGGAUUUGAAACGAUGCCCUCCCCUGCACCUGGUGUAGCUGAGUCACCUCUCAUGACCUGGGGUGAGAUCGAGAGCACCCCAUUUCGUCUGGAUGGAUCUGACACCCCAUAUGUUGAGAGGAAUCAUGGUCCAUCAUUUAAGAUUCCAGAACCAGGAAGACGAGAAAGGCUAGGAUUAAAAAUGGCCAAUGAAGCUGCCGCUAAAAAUCGUGCAAAAAAACAGGAGGCAUUGAGAAAAGUCACAGAAAACCUGGCAAGUCUUACACCUAAAGGUCUGAGUCCAGCCCUCACCCCCGCCCUGCAAAGGCUUGUGAACAGGACAUCUAGCAAAUACACAGACAAAGCACUGCGAGCGAGUUACACCCCAUCGCCCUCGCAUAGAGUCAUUGGAUCCAAGAGUCCCUUUGGUGGCCCAUCCACUCCCUCAGGAACGCCAACACCAAACAAAGCCAAAACGCCGAGCUCUCAGGACCUUACAUCACUCACAGACAAUCUGCUGCAACUUCCCAAGAGACGGAAAGCCUCAGACUUUUUUUAAGUAAGAGAAGCUGUUCUCUGCUGGCUGGGAUUGUACAAAACAGACAUAUUAUAAUACAGGAAACUCAAUUAUAAACUGUCCAGACCCAGUUUUCUCAAAUGAAAGAGUACAGCUUUCAGCUGGGCGACUGGAUAAAGACAUGCACAGACAACGGAGGAGUUUUUAAGGAUUUAUUUGUUACAUUUUCAGCACAGAUGGGUUUAUGUAGGUGCCUGUCAAAUGUCCAAAUUCUAUUUAAUUGUUUAUCUUCUUUUCUUUUCUUUUUUUUUAAUCCCAAAUGUAAGGUUUUAGAAUUUUUUGUACAGCUGUUUUAGUUCUAAAAAACAUUUGUUAUCCCUGUCACAAACACAGCAGCACAUGGUUAUAUUUUGUCAAUAUAAUUCAGUUACUGUUUCUGGAAAUCAAACACACAAAUGAGGAUUCACCUCACAGCAUUCAGUAGAUAUGUACCUCCCAGCUCUCCAUACAUGCUGCCAUGGCAUUUCAGUGUUUGUCUCUGCACCAUAGAAAUUACCCAAACUUUUGUGUUUGUGUUAAAAUGGAAAAAGGACAACAGAGCUUCAGUUAGAGAGCUCACUGGAGGCAGUAAAUGAUGAAUGUCUCUUUUUGCCAUAUAUUGGAAAAACAGUACAGGCAGAGCUGGACUCAGCAUCAUAAAUCUGUGCAACCUUUUUCUGAAAAUCGAUAAUAAAACUGAGCUUUUUUGACGGUAAGAGGUCUACAAAAGUAUAAUACCAUGUAUCAACAGAUGACACACUCAUCAAUAGUUCUGCUCUACCUCCUGCUGGUAGUAGAACAGAACCGUGAAUAAUAAAUAAACCUUUUUUCAAGCAA